AUGAAUAACAUUCUGGAAAAUAAUGAAGAUUUACAUGAAGAGUUUAAAACUCUUUUAGUUAAAAUUGAACCGCACUUUGUCGCGUUAAAAUCAAACCUCGAAAAAUUAUUAUGCCGAGAAUGGUUACACAAGUUAUUCAAGACUGGUAAACACGAGGAAUCACUUAGAAAUGCUUACCUAACCAAAUUAUUUGAGCAACUAGUAAAGGGAAAAUUAAAAGAACCGUUUAACAAUCUUCCUAAACACAGAUCGCCUUUGUUACCUUUACGUAGUGUGUCUAAGCCGAAUAUUAAUGUUCGUGAUAAAAAACCGAUAAAAAAAGUAGAGGAAACUUUGAUUACGGAUGUGGUAAAUGUUCACAAGACUGCUGAUGCUCCCAAACCCACGAAAAAUCAUGUCCAUACUAAAGAAAUCAAAUUGUUCGAUAAUGUUUGUGAUAAAAAUACGAUAAAAAAAGUAGAGGAAACUUUGAUUACGGAUGAGGUAAAUGUUCACAAGACUGUUGAUGCUCACAAAUCCACGGAGAAGCAUGUACCUACUAAUGAAAUUAAAAUGUUGGUUGAUGUUCAUGAUUGUAAUACGAUAAAAAAAGAAGAGGAAACUUUGAUUACAGAUGAGUUAAAUGUCCAUAAGACUGUUGAUGCUCCCAAGUCCACGGAAAAUCAUGUACAUACUAAUGAAAUCAAAAUGAAUGCAAAUUCCAAUCAAGCAAAACAAUUGAAUGUCAAUGAAAUUUCAGAUGGUUCAAAAGAAGUACAGUGGCCAAAACCGACAGUAGAUGAAAGUGAAGGCGGUGAUGGACUCACAUUAAAUGUAGAAACUAAAUUAAAAUUAGGAUCUGUAGAAAAAUUGUCCAAUGAAUUAAAGAAAAAAAGCGACCUUCUAGCGGAACAAGUUCAGGAAAUGAAGCUGUACACCGAUACAAUCCUAAUUAACCAAAAUCAGAUAACUGUACUCAAUACAGAGUUGAACAAAUUUCAAAACGACAUGGAAAACUUGUGCGAUCGGGAAGCGGCUGAUGAACUGGGUGCAUCAAAGUUACUUAAACAUGUUUUGGAGAAAACCACUGUACUAGACAACAAAAUUGUAUCAGAAAUGGAUCGUUUGAAAACAAUAGUCGAGGACGCGUGUGUGAGUAAAAAAAGUAAUAACUUUGUUAUCGAGCAAUUAAAAGAACUACACCGCUUGAAAAUGGAUGAAAAAGAGAAAUUCCAUGCCAUGCUGAAUAAGAAAUUAAUGGUCGAAAUCUCCCAAUUAAAGGAGUACGUGGGUAAAGUCGAAGAAGAAGCCAUGAGUAAACAACUUAACGACGAAAAUUAUUAUGAUUGCGAUUAUAGCAGUACAUGA